AUGCUAAAACACAUUUUUGGAUUAGCAUGCAUGAAUAAAAAAGAAAAACACAAACUUGCUCUAACUGCCGGACCGUCAGAAAACACUUCAUCAACUAUUCAGAUAUCUCCGGGAUCUUCUUCAAAAUAUAACAUGGAUGAAUCUCUCAAUCAGAGUGUUGCUAUUCCAGGACCAGCCCAUCUCAAUACAUCACAUUUGAUGGAAAAUGUUAUUUCUGAUGUCUCGUACGACGCAGCAACAUUUCAGAACCGUGCAACGCCGAUAGAUUUCGGUACCCGAGAAGUGAAGACCGAUGAGGACGUAAUUAGUGUCACUGCUCGUCGCCGGAGUGUUAACACUAUAACGCCAUCGCCGAUUCCAGAGGAAACAGAAGACAAUCUAACCGAUAAGAAUGUAUACUUCCCCCCUGAAACUGCCACUCGGAACACAAUUUUCGAACCUCGGAAUCGUCAUUACACACCGCGUCUUAUUAAAGUUCGGAAGCAAGCACGAGUCUACAACGCGAACGAAUCAUCUGCAAGUGCAUCAUCCUCUUCGUCAUCUACUCAUGGCGAAAAUCACCGGAUUGAUAGCGUCCGUGUUCGCGCCUCUAAAUCUGCAACGAACAAUCUGCUCAAAGGACGGAUGACUUCAGUUCUCGGCGGAUCACUUCGUCCGUUACGAGCCAAGUAG